GCCGAAGUCGUCGUCUUCCUCCACUUCUUCGUCUUCUUCGUCUUCUUCUUCCACAUUCUCAGAUCCAAAGAGAGAGAGAGAGAGAGAGAGAGAGCUCCUUUCUCUAAUGGCGCCGAACCCUUCUCCUCCUCCUCCUCCUCUUCUUCUUCUUCUCUGUCUCAUUGCGAUCAUCUUCUUCGGCGUGGAUGCGUCGGUCCACGACUACGCCGGGGAGAGGUUCGCGAACCAAGGCAAUGCGUACAUCCUCCAUGGCGGAAGCGAGGGUCUCUACGCCUCUCCCCUCUCUCGCAACCCCUCCGACCCCGCUCUCAGCUCCUUCAUCCGAUUCGAAAAGAUCGUCUUCAAGAGGCCAAAGGCCGCAACCGACGGUGCCGAAUCCGUUUCGGUUAGAGCCAUUAUUUUCGAGGUGGAGGAUCGCGAAGCGAUCGGCGGAUCAGCCUACGGCGGCCAGCGAGCCAUUUGCUGCACAUCCGACUUAGCGAAAAUCGGCGCCUGCACCGAAGGAGCGGUCAUCUACCGCCCUUCUAACCGCAGCCGCGAUUGGCCUCAGGCAUUUUCUGCCUCAUUCACAGCAGGCGAUCUCGAGGCGACUCUACCGUCACAAACCAUCCAGAUUACGGAAACAGGAAUGUACAACCUGUACUUCAUCUACUGCGAUCCGUCGCUCGACGGACUAGCAAUAGAAGGAAAGACAAUAUGGAAGAACCCGACUGGCUAUUUACCAGGGAGAAUGGCCCCUCUUAUGAACUUCUAUGGAUUCAUGUCUUUAGCUUUUGUUGUACUUGGAAUAUGUUGGUUCUACCAAUAUGCAAGGUUCUGGAGAGAGGUGAUGCCGCUUCAGAACUGCAUCACGCUUGUCAUCACAUUAGGAAUGUUCGAAAUGACGCUGUGGUACUUCGAUUUCGUGGAGUUCAACAAAACGGGUGUCCGGCCGGCGGGCACCACUUUCUGGGCAGCUACCUUUGCCGUGGUGAAGCGCACGGUUUCGCGCGUGCUGAUCCUUUUGGUUUCUAUGGGGUUUGGUGUUGUGAGGCCUACAUUGGGUGGCCUCACUUCUAAGGUUGUUUUGCUCGGGGGGACUUUCUUUUCGGCUUCUGAGGUUUUGGAAGUGGUCGAGAAUGUCGGCAUUGUAAGCGAUCAAUCGGGGAAGGCGAAGCUGUUCUUCGUUCUUCCUGUGGCCGUGUUGGAUGCUUCCUUCAUUAUUUGGAUAUUCACUUCGCUUGCGAGAACCUUGAACAAGCUUCAGGCAAGAAGAAUGACUGCCAAGUUAGAAAUAUACAGAAAAUUCACGAAUGCAUUGAUCGUGGCUGUUAUUGUAUCGCUUGGUUGGAUCGCAUACGAGAUCUACUUCAAGUCCACCGACAUGUAUAAUGAGCGAUGGCAAAGCGCGUGGGUUGUUCCUGCUUUGUGGCAGUUCAUCUCCUUCUCGCUCCUCUGCGUCAUCUGUAUUCUUUGGGCACCAUCUCAAAACUCAAUGAGGUUUGCCUAUUCGGACGAUGGAAGUGAGGACUUCGAUCAUGAGGAUACUGGACCGCUGAUUAGGCCCGUGCCAUUUAGCUACAAAGAUAGCUUUAGUUAUUCGAUUUCGCAAGAUGCUAAAUUGGUACUAAGAACAGAUGCCACAUUAGGUAGCCAUGGUGAUAAUGAGGAAGAUAAAAGAGAAUGAGUGAGAAACUUCCUGCAAUGUGAUAUUAAUCGGCAUUUCGUUCAUCAUCGAAACACCAAAAAGAACGGCACGAAGUGUUGACCUUUCGCGAGGACUGCAUGAGUUUGCCAAUUUUAGUAGAUGACUAACACUCAACAAAUCAAACAUCAAGUUCAUCUUUUUCGUCGCUCUUUGCCAUACCCUGUACUUCUCCCUUUCAUCAUGUCAUAAUACUACAUUGCCUUAUGUUACUGAUAUAACUUUCGUGAAACUGGGUAUUAAGAUGAUGAAUUAUAAACUA